UAAAUAAAGAGGACGAUGGGGAAAGAGGGCGAAAAGGAGAAAGGGAAAAAGAAAAAGGAUGAGGGGGCUGCGGGAUUUAUGAAGGACUUUUUGGCUGGUGGAAUCUCUGCUGCAGUGUCGAAAACUGCGGUGGCCCCAAUUGAGCGAGUCAAGCUAUUGCUCCAGGUGCAGCAUGUCAGCAAACAAAUACCAGAGGACAAAAAGUACAAAGGGAUCAUGGAUGCCUUUGUUCGUAUUCCCAAGGAGCAGGGGAUAUCUGCGUUGUGGCGAGGAAAUUUCGCAAAUGUGGUGCGAUACUUCCCCACGCAAGCCCUCAACUUUGCCUUCAAAGAUCGAUAUAAGAAAAUAUUUCAGGAAGGCAUAGACAAAGACAAGGAAUUUUUCAAAUAUUUCUUGGGUAACUUGGCGUCGGGUGGUGCGGCGGGGGCAACGUCGUUGUGUUUUGUGUAUCCAUUGGAUUACGCGCGAACCAGGCUUGCUGCCGACGUGGGCAAAGACAAACAGAGAGAAUACAAUGGUUUAGUGGAUUGCUUAAUGAAAACAUUGAAAUCUGAUGGACCUAUUGGACUAUACAGAGGGUUCGUUGUGUCCGUGCAGGGCAUAAUAAUCUACCGCGCGACUUACUUCGGCUUGUUCGACACGGCGCGCGGCAUGCUGCCCGACCCGGCCAAUACGCCAUUAGUUGUCAUGUGGCUCAUUGCACAGACAGUAACGACCGUGGCAGGUAUCACGUCCUAUCCGUUGGAUACGGUGCGACGUCGUAUGAUGAUGCAGUCUGGUAAGCCCGCCAACGAGCGCCUCUAUAAGAACACGGCCCAUUGCUGGGCAACGAUACUGAAGCAGGAAGGCGCCGGCGCCUUCUUCAAGGGUGCCUUCUCCAACAUAUUAAGAGGCACAGGUGCUGCAUUCGUGCUCGUGCUGUACGACGAAAUCAAAAGACUAUUAUAACCUCUCGGGUGAAGUGCGAGGUGCGACGCGCCUAUCGAAAAUGUCUUCCUAGAUCUCUCGAAUCCCAAAACAUUGCCUCGUAAAACACCCGUUUCUUGGAUGGCACAUCCAUCAUACAUCCAUUUCCUGAAACAUCCAUAUCCCAAAACAUCCGCUUCCUAAAACAGUUUUCGGGAAAACAUGAUUGGCUAAAUUGUUUUAAUCACACGUUGCAGCAUAUUGUAACGUUUUUAGAAUAAGAAUUUUCAUUUCCGAUUUAAUCAUAAACCCUUUGGUUUGGAUGUUUUGGGAACCGUUUCUAAAUGUUUGGGAAUUGGUUCCACUAUGAUUCGGAUAUUUUGGGACUCGUAGUAUUCUAUUGGGCCGAAAGGUAACUGCCGAUUACAUUAUAGCCUCUAAUAACAGUGACAGUAUCGUUACCAUAAUGAAAUCAUAGACUGAGUGAUAGAUAAAUUUUUGCUAAUUAGCGUUU